AUGGAGGCGGCGGCGGCGGCGGCGGGCGGGCGAGGCGGCGGCGGCGGCUUCCAGCCGCACCCCGGGCUGCAGAAGACGCUCGAGCAGUUCCACCUGAGCUCCAUGAGCUCGCUGGGCGGCCCGGCCGCCUUCUCGGCGCGCUGGGCGCAGGAGGCCUACAAGAAGGAGGGCGCCGCGGCCAAGGAGGCGGCGGGCGCGGCCUCGGCGCCGGCGCCGCUGCCCGCGGCCGCCGAGCCGCCGCCGGUGCUGCACCUGCCCGCGCUGCCGCCGCCGCCGCCGCCGCCGCCGCCCGUGCUGCCCGGGCCCUUCUUCAUGCCGUCCGACCGCUCGACCGAGCGCUGCGAGACGGUGCUGGAGGGCGAGACCAUCUCGUGCUUCGUGGUGGGCGGCGAGAAGCGCCUGUGCCUGCCGCAGAUCCUCAACUCGGUGCUGCGCGACUUCUCGCUGCAGCAGAUCAACGCCGUGUGCGACGAGCUGCACAUCUACUGCUCGCGCUGCACGGCCGACCAGCUGGAGAUCCUCAAAGUCAUGGGCAUCCUGCCCUUCUCGGCGCCGUCCUGCGGCCUCAUCACCAAGACGGACGCCGAGCGCCUGUGCAACGCGCUGCUCUACGGCGGCGCCUGCCCGCCGCCGCCCUGCAAGAAGGAGCUGGCGGCCGGCCUGGCGCUGGGCCUGGAGCUGAGCGCGCGCAGCCUGCGCGUCUACCACGAGUGCUUCGGCAAGUGCAAGGGGCUGCUGGUGCCCGAGCUCUACAGCAGCCCCAGCGCCGCCUGCAUCCAGUGCCUCGACUGCCGCCUGCUCUACCCGCCGCACAAGUUCGUGGUGCACUCGCACAAGGCCCUGGAGAACCGGACCUGCCACUGGGGCUUCGACUCGGCCAACUGGCGGGCCUACAUCCUGCUGAGCCAGGACUACACCGGCAAGGAGGAGCAGGCGCGCCUGGGCCGCUGCCUGGACGACGUCAAGGAGAAGUUCGACUACGGCAACAAGUACAAGCGGCGGGUGCCCCGGGUGCCCUCAGAGCCCCCAGCCUCCAUCAGGAAGACGGACGAGGGUCCCGCGCAGCCCCCCACGUCUUCUGACAAGGACAAACAGUCGGGUUGGCCGCGCGGCCUAGCCAGCCCCUCCAGCAAAAGCCUCGGCUGCUCGCACCCGCGCCAGCGACUCUCUGCCUUCCGCCCCUGGUCCCCUGCCGUGUCCACGAACGACAAGGAACUGUCCCCUCACUUGCCAGCCCUGAUCCGAGACAGCUUUUAUUCCUACAAGAGCUUCGAGACGGGUGUGGCCCCCAAUGUGGCACUGGCCCCACCAGCUCAGAAGGUGGUCAGCAGCCCAGCCUGCGCCCCGGCGGUGUCCCGCAUCCCCGAGCCCCUUGCCACGUGUAUGCAGCCAAGGAAGCGGAAGUUGACGGUUGAUGCCCCUGGGGUCCCAGACCCCCCCCUGCCCACUGGCGUCCCUGAAGAGGACAAGGACUCAGAGGCAGAGGUGGAGGUGGAGAGUCGCGAGGAGUUCACCUCCUCCCUGUCCUCGCUCUCCUCUCCAUCCUUUACCUCAUCCAGCUCCGCCAAGGACCUGAGCUCCCCGGGCAUGCACGCCCCAGCCCCAGCCAGUGGCGCCCCGGACCCCGCACCCCCUGGGGAAGCCACAAGCGGGGGACUGGAGGCAGAGCUGGAGCACCUGCGGCAGGCACUGGAGGGCGGCCUGGACAGCAAAGAGGCCAAAGAGAAGUUCCUGCACGAGGUGGUACGCAUGCGCGUGAAGCAGGAGGAACGGCUGAGCGCUGCGCUACAGGCCAAGCGUAGCCUGCACCAGGAGCUGGAGUUCCUGCGCGUGGCCAAGAAGGAGAAGCUACGGGAGGCCACAGAGGCCAAGCGCAACCUGCGGAAGGAGAUCGAGCGUCUGCGGGCCGAGAACGAGAAAAAGAUGAAGGAGGCGAAUGAGGCGCGGCAGCGGCUGAAGCGGGAGCUGGAGCAGGCGCGGCAGGUCCGGGUGUGCGACCAGGGCUGCGAGGCUGGCCGUCUGCGCGCCAAGUACUCGGCACAGAUCGAGGACCUGCAGGUGAAGCUGCAGCACGCUGAGGCCGACCGAGAGCAGCUCCGGGCCGACCUGCUGCGGGAGCGUGAGGCGCGUGAGCACCUGGAGAAGGUGGUGAAGGAGCUGCAGGAGCAGCUGUGGCCCCGGCCACGGCCCGAGCCGGGCGGGGAAAGCACUGGGCUGGAGCCCUGACCACACCGCGCCUGUCCCGCACCACGUGUCACUGUGCCUCGGGCCGAGUGAGCGUCCAGAGCCACGUUCCGCGGCCACGUCCAAGUGAGCGGCUGGGACCCCAGCGGCGCCUCCACCAUCACUCUGUCAUAAGCUAUUGACACCAAUAAGGAGACUGACUCGGUUCUGUGCUGACUGACCCCCACGCCGGACACCAGCCCAGGCCCCGCCCGCGGCCGCCUGAGGACAGCGGCUUUUUCUCCAGAGUCUAUUUUUUCAGCGACAAGGGCCCAGGUCCCCGAGCGGCCGCCGGGAGGGGGUGGGCACCCGCCUCCCUCUGCAGGGCCGGCUGGGCCUUCUCCGUGGGGGAGAGCAGGGGGUGGCCCCGCGCUCAGCAUGGCCCAUGGCACUGCCGAGUCCGGGGCCUGAGCAGCGGCGUCGCGCAGAGCGGCAUCAUUUCACUUUUCCUUUCGUUGGUUUGUUCAUUUAAGCGUCUAUUUAGAACUGCACUUUGUCCACAAUCUCCCUUUUUACUCCCCGGUUAACUGAGGUCUGACGCUGCAUCCGGCGCGGAGGAUCUUGAGCAGCGCCAUAAGUGCUCAGCGCUGGGGCCCCCUGGUGCUUGGUUGAACAAGGGAAUCACAAGAAACGAAAAUGCAGAAACUGAACUUGGGGGGUGGUUCUGUGCCUUCCAGCAUCUUGUACAGCCAAUCCUGACUCGUCUUUUUUUUAACCCCAAAAUACGUCUACAGUAGCGGUCGAAUCUGCCCUAUCAAUACGUUACUUGCAUUUAUUCCAAAUAAUCUCGUUUACUCGACUGUUUAUGCAAAUUGUAUAAGGUUUCUUAUGCCCAAGCUUGAAAAUUGAUUUCCCAGUAGACGAGAGGCAGUGGUCCACCCUGAGAUCAUGGUAUUUAUUCACACGCGAGAGAUCUAGUGGGAUUCUGCGCGUGACGCCUGGCGGAGCGGCCGUGCGUGCACAUGCGUGCGGACUUGGGGACUCUGGGACCCGUCUGCGAGCUGCCUGGGUUUACUGGGGACGGUUCCGCCGGCCCCCCUCUAAAGUGCAAUGCAGAAGGGACACGCGCAGGUUUGUCUGGCCUCGUUUUUGCUUUUGUUUUCUGCAGUUUCUGAUGUGUGUGCAUGGAGCUGUUCCUGUCCCCACCCCACCCGUCCGUCCCCCAUGGGCAUUAUCACCUUGUCCUCGGGCCUCUUCCGAACACGCAGCUCCGCCAGCCUCACCCCUCCAGGCCCCGUUUCGGCCCUCGCUUCCCGGAAGCCGCCAGCAGCAGGGGCCAAGCUUCAUGCCUGUGCUUCGGGCCCCGCGAUGUUCGCUUCUGAGUUCCCGGCUCCAGGGAGUGAGGACGUUCCUAAGUUCCUAAGGCAGCCUCUGCCUGCCCCCCUCACUGUCCCCGCUACCCGUCGCUGAGCUUGACCCUCCUCCCCCAGUGCUGUGCCCUCUCCCUCCCCGAGAGUCCUCCAGGCCGGCCGUGGACCUGGUGUUGGGGGGAGGGACACAGGCAGCCCCGGUCACCAGCAGCUCAGGUGCGGGCAUCCGGGCCUCUUCCAUCAGGGCCGCGUCCACGGGCAGGCCCGCUCUGGACCCGCCCAGUGCCUGCCGCUGAGCCCCCGCGCCCGGCCCCGAAUUCUGUCUGCCGAAGGAGAGAACCAACAGCAAUAACGCAUCUACGAGCAGCUAAUCGCCCUCCCGCUUUGCUGCACACGUGGCCAGUGUGAGCGCGGACAUGUACAUACCCCACUCUUGUACAUACAUGUACAUGUGCUGGUCCUUUUCCAGAACUUUCCUACCUGGUUGUCAGCGUCAUCUUGUUUUCUGGGCUGUUUUCAACUAAGGGGGAAUGUUGCUCUGCCCCCCAGCCCCCCAGCCCCCCACCCCGCCUGCGGAGCCCAGGUCACAAACCCCAUUUCUGUUCCAUUAAGACCCUGGGCCCACCGAGUGUCCGCCUCGCCUCCGUCUGUCCGUCCCUCCUUUGCUGCUGCUAAUGACAAUAUGACUUACUCUACUAUUGGAAGACUAUUUUUAUGUAAUUAAUGUAUGCUUUCUUGUUUAUAAAUGCCUGAUUUAAAAAAGA